AUGCUGGGGUGCUUUUACAUAAACACGUCGAAACCGCAUUUCAAAUCCAGAGUACAUCUGAAGCUUAUAAAAACUAGUGGCGACAUCAGAAAAAAAGUUCAUGCAACGAAAGGGCUAACUACGCUGAUCCAACUGCUAGCAGCUGCUAGUAACUCAGCCACUCCAUGGAUUUUGUCUGGAAUCAGUGGAUAUUCCUUUUGUUCACGAUUAUAACUAUGCCGAUUUACUUAUCCAUCAUGUACAUCACUUACAAAGAGUAUAAAUCUAUACAACGGCAAAAGACAGCGUCGUUGCUUACGAUAUCGCAGGCCACAGCAGAUAUUCUAGUUAUGAUAAAUUAUAUUAUCUUCAUAACGCUAAAAACAACAGAUCUCUUCAACGACAUUUUCUGGAAAUUGCAAGACUACUACAUCGGCACUUGGUGUUUUGCCCAGUACUAUUAUUCUCUCGUCUUACGAGGGUUCGGCAU